UCAAAAGUCGAAAUAUAUUCUCGUGAAUUUUUAAUACAACUAAUUUAAUUUCAAAGUUGUUUUCAGACACGAAUAGAAAGCCCAUUUACCUAUAAAUCUUCAAACAGUAAUUUUGAUAUUUCGACAAACAUUAGUUUCUAUUUGAUAUGUUGGAUAGUUGUUUCACUCUAACAUUUGCGGUAGAAGUUGUUCUAAAUGAAGAAAAUUCUCAGAAUGAUAACUUAAGUGCGGACUGGACGGAAUUAGGGCCAUGUAACCAAGGCCUAAGGCUUCACUACACCUUAUAUCAAGGCUAUACGUAUGACCUAGAUGUUCUAAUGUGGUCGAAUGCUGGUAAAAUAUGGUGUGGGAACAAAUAUGGUUGGGUUAGAACUUGGCAAUUCUUUAAUAAGCAUUGGAUGGUAUUCAUGAUACGACACAAGUUGCCAGUUAAAGUUGAAGAAUUCCGUCAUCUUGAGAUUGUUAUAAUACCAACUGUCGGAACUGGGUCAUUAGGCACCAACGCAAGAAAUGACAAGGAUUUUUUAAUAUUAAUUCCACCCUUAGAGUUUGGCGAGCUUCGAUAUUUUGGCAAAGUAGUAGAAAAUGAAGACGAGGGUGUUAUUAAGUCGAUUAUAAAUUUGAUUUGGAAAAAUGUUAUUAAAUAUAUUCCAGCGUCGUGUUUUGAUGGAGCAUUUGAUACUCCGUUAUUAGUGUCAGAUGUUCGACAUCAAGACGCAAUCUUAGGAUUCAUAAGAGAAACAAUGCUAACAUCCAACCUACAGUUCAAUAACAUUGGUGGUAGUGGUGAAUUGUCGAAUCAUAAAGAUAAAGGAAAAAAAUCUAUGCCUGAAUCGGAAAGUUAUAAACUGAAAAUAAGCGGAGAAGUCAUUCUUGCAGGGUCUGGAAAAUUAAAUCGAUUUCUCGAAGUCGGACAUCGUUCGACGCUGCACGGUCGCAUUUUGGCUGUAGUUAGUGCAAGCAAUUUGCCGGCACAGGACGAUUUACCUAUUAUGUUUGUUAAUAUUCAAAACAUAGAGAAUAUACCUAUAGAUGAAUUUCAAAAAGCCGGUAUUUAUCAAAUAUAUGCACAUUGGAAAGUGGGAAAAAUAGAACAUGACUCUGUGUUGCAAAAUGUGACGACUGAAACCAAAGUUCAAUUUAAUGAUAGCCACGUUGUACCGAUUGAAAAAACAUUAGUAUUUGAUGUAUUUAAUGCAUUAAUGGAUAAUGACUUUGAUGUACAGUUGCGCGGAUUAAGAAAAACUCCAAAGAAGGAAAAUAUUCAAAAUUUAUUUAGUACACAAACAAGUGGUACACCUACCAGUUCUCUGAAUAUUAAUAAUGAAGAAGAUAUUCUUAUAGCAGGCACUCGUAUUGAUGUCCGAGAAUUGUCUAAAGGAUCAAAUAAAGUCAUAUCUGGUGAAUUCUCUUUGUACCCUGAACAGACUGAGAUUUUGAAUUUAAAAAGUGAUUGCACGAAUUAUAUCAAUGACAUAUGCUCUAUGCAAAAGAACAAGUUCGGUUUUCAACCGAAUAUUGUACUUAAUUCGCAAAUGAUGCUUCAACUAUCAGUUGGUUUAGUUGGAUGUGAAAUAAAUUUAUUGAAAUAUUUUUCUCGUCUUUAUGCGUUAGCUAAAAGCGCGAAAGUAGCGUAUGAUGUUUUAGAGAAUAUUGAAGAGUUGAAUCAAAGAAUUCGCUCGAAAGAACAUUACUUAACAGGAUUUUAUCUCGAUACCGGUGACAAACAUUUCAUUUUCGUUGAAGGUGAAAAGAAUAAAGAUAUUAUCAAACUUUGGGAAGAAAUUGAAAGUUAUUAUCCUAAUGUAAGAUGCAAUUUUUCAAGUUCAGAUACCUAUUUGGAAAGAAUUUAUCCAGAAAUGAUUUCUUCAAAUAGACCUUUCGAUGUUUUAAAAAUGCGUGUAUCGCUAUCGUCUUUGUUGGCCUGCCCUCCAGUCUAUGCCCUUCCUACGUUACCUUUGCCAUCACGAGCGGCUAUGAUAAAGAUAAGUCAAAUAAUAGCUGGGAAUUUAAACAAAACACCGUCUCGUCGGGAUAUGCCGACUGCGUCUGAGUUGCGAAGUUUCAAACUUGAAUUAUGUGCACCUUUACGAUCAUUUGUAUGUAGAGAUUUUUCAUUUGCAUAUAAAUGAUUGAAAAUUAUAUUGAUAUUUCCGUUUGAGACGAUCCUGUCUACA